ACCAGUCUUCCUCAGCUACUAUUGAUCAGCUCAGACAUUGGAAAACAAAAACACUAUUAUAUAUCACCAUGCCUUCUUCACCUUCUUUUACUCUUGUGUCUAGAUGCACGGUUUCCCCAGACCAAAUAUCUGACAUCAAAACCUUAAAGCUUUCGGUUUCUGACAUCCCUAUGCUUUCAUGUCAGUACAUUCAAAAAGGGGUUUUGCUCACUUCUCCUCCUUAUUCGUUCGACGACCUCGUGUGCUUCCUUAAACAAUCCCUGUCCACUACUCUCUCCUACUUCCCUCCUUUGGCUGGUCGUCUCACCACCGACCCCGACGGUCACGUCCACAUCACCUGCAACGAUGCCGGCAUUGACUUCCUCGUUGUGAAAUCCCCCAAUAUAUCCAUUCACAACGUUUUGGUCCAAGGCGAUGUCCCCGAUUGUGUCAAACAGUUUUUCACUUUCGACAAGACACUUAGUUACUCAGGUCACUUCAAGCCCUUAGCUGCAGUUCAAGUUACCGAGUUGGCCGACGGGGUUUUUAUUGGGUGUAUAGUGAAUCACGCUGUGACCGAUGGGACUUCAUUCUGGCACUUUUUCAACACUUUCGCUGAGAUCACCAAAGGGGCUUUAAAAAUAUCGAAAUCUCCCGAUUUUGGUCGGAACACCGUGUUUAAUUCCCAAGCCGUGCUUAAAUUCCCUCCCGGAGGACCCACCGUUACUUUCGCCGGCGACGAGCCGUUGAGGGAAAGGAUUCUUCAUUUCAGCAGAGAAGCGAUUUUAAAACUUAAAUACAGAGCUAAUUACGGUUGUUUAUUAACUAAACAAACGAAUUCCGAAGUCUUAGGCAAGCUCUGUAACGACAGUUGGAAAUCCGUUAACGUGGAAACUAACGGUAAAGUGAGAAACAGUAAUGAUGAGAUUUCGUCCUUUCAAUCACUCUGUGCUCAGCUUUGGAGGUCGGUGACCCGGGCCAGGAAAUUGGAGCCAACCAAAACGACGACGUUUAGGAUGGCGGUGAAUUGCCGCCACAGGUUGGACCCAAAGCUGGAGCCGUACUACUUCGGAAACGCGAUUCAGAGUAUUCCGACUUUCGCCUCAGCUGGUGAGUUGCUGGGAAAGGACUUGAGCUGGGCCGCCGAUAUACUGCAUAAAAACGUGGUGGCGCAUAACAAUGAUACGGUGCGGAAAGGUGUAGCGGAUUGGGAGAAGCAGCCGAGGUUGUUCCCGUUGGGUAACGCUGACGGUGCAUCAAUCACCAUGGGGAGCUCUCCCAGAUUCCCAAUGUACAAUAAUGAUUUUGGGUGGGGGCGACCUUUGGCGGUGAGGAGUGGUAGGGCCAACAAGUUUGAUGGGAAGAUCUCAGCCUUUCCUGGGAGAGAUGGGAACGGGAGCGUUGAUCUGGAGGUUGUUUUGGCCCCUGAUACCAUGUUGGAGGUUGAGAAUGACGCUGAGAUUAUGCAGUACGUAUCCGAAUUCCUGUGAGUGCAAUCAGUAGGGAAAAGAAACAUAAAUCCGAGGUGGCAAUUUGUGAUGGGUGAGAAGUUGUUAAACCGUUACCCAAAUCUUGGAGGAAGAAAAUACCACCAUAAACUUGAACGGCUGUGAUUUCAUUUCCUGUAAACUCAAAAAAAAGAAAAAAAGGUUACCCCUAUAAAAAUGGAUCAAGUCAGAAACCAUAAAAUUCGAGUUAUUUUCCCAAUUCUUGUGUCGGUUAGGUUUCAUAUAUAUAUGGUUUGGAAAUUUUUUGGUAUUAUAUACAUAUAUGUGUAAUGGCAACAUAAUAUUAGAAUGGGUAGCGGCAACUAUCCGGUUCAUCUCAGGUCCUUAUUAUCUCUAAUACUAGCUAUGGAGGCAUGUUUUGUCA